GGUGUCUUCUUAUUUCACCUAUGAUGCCUCUCGGCCCGGCCGCUGCCUACUUACCGCGCAUGCGCACUGCGUACGGCCUUUUCCCAGCGCUCCAGCGCCCUUACGUUUGCGCUGUGACUCUCCGGUCCUAUACUCAACGGGACAAAACACGGCGAAAUGGUCAGUAACCGGGGGGCAAUAUCACCGCCAAUCAGUGUCCCAUCUCCCCCUGCACCGCGCACACCGCGUUACGGCCGGUGGCAGGCGGAUUGCAGUCCGGAUGGUGGUGGAUUGUGAAAGUGUCUGAGGCUGAGCCGUACCUUCCAGCGUGGCCUAAUGGCUGCUGCAGGCUCUGGCUGGCCGGCCUGCUCCUUCCUGGAGGAUCACACAGGCUGCCUGCUGGUCUAGGCUGCUGGCACUGUAUGAGGGGCUUCUGGGGGAACAAUAACAUCUUUAUUUAUAAAGAAAUUACAGUGUUUGUGUGAGAUCAGUGACCCCUUGAAUAAUACUGUGUGUUGGCAUUUAUUUUCCUAUAUUCACCUAUGUUCUAUUUCUACAUAAAGUCAGUCAUUCUAGAACAAUUAUCAGUAAAAUUAAUGCUUUAUUUUUUUUUAGAUAAAAAUCACUGUUUUUGCAACUUCCUGUACUGUAAAUAUUUAAGAUGGGUGGUCUGGUGGGGUCUGUUUGUUCCAUAUCGAUCAUGUUGGUGUCUAACAGGAGUAGUGGUAUAGGAUGCGCUAUGUGUGUGUGUGUGUGUGUGUGUGUGUAUAUAUAUAUAUAUAUAUAUAUAUAUAUAUAUAUAUAUAUAUAUAUAUAUAUAUAUAUAUAUAUUUUUUGGGUCCUAACUCUGGGUCAGUGAUCGAUGAGCGACCCGUAUGUCAAUGCUAUAAACUAGAAUUAUUGAGCUUAGUGCCAUGUGAUCGAUUUGUAGGAAGCUUGCAGUAUAUUGGUGAGUCUUUUUAAUUAACCACUUCUGAUGUCAAUUCUCUGUAACUUUUAUUUUGUUAGGGGUUCGUAAAAGUUGUUAAAAACAAGGCCUACUUCAAGAGAUACCAAGUCAAGUUUCGCAGAAGGAGAGGUGAGGGAUUUUGGUCUCAACAGAUCUGUGUGUGUGUAUAUAAAAAAUUUUUUUUUAAAACUUUAAUUUGUUUGCAUGUGCAAAUCCAAACACACUCUCAUCCCUUAUUCUAGAGGGCAAGACCGAUUACUAUGCUCGCAAACGAUUGGUCAUCCAGGAUAAGAAUAAGUACAAUACUCCUAAAUACAGGAUGAUUGUGCGUGUCACCAACAGAGACAUCAUCUGCCAGGUAAGAAGCAUGUGGAUGGCAUUUAAAAGUUGAGAUGCACAUCAGGCCGCUGCUUUACUUUUUAAAAGUUUUUAAAAUGGGUUAAACUGUCUUCCAGUUACUGAACUUUGUGAUAUUACUUUCUAGGAUGGUAAGUGUAGAGAAAUGCUUCCCAGAACUCUACAUAUUCUUAUCAACGGUCUUUAACCAGCACUGAGCAGGAAGACUGCUGUGAUUAGCAUGUGUCUAUGUACUGGAAGCUCCCCACUCUGCGAGAGACAGACCAUGUCUAGACAAUCUUAAAUUCUAAUAGCAUAGGGGGACUAACAGAUACUGCUAUAUGGUUGUCAAUGCAAAAAGCUUUAGGAAUGAAAAGAAUUUAGAUUUAUUUUUUUGUAGCUGUUUUAAACAAAAAACACUUGGAGGCUGGCGCACCAUAAAGUGUUCGCUAUCCAUAUGUCUAUCACUUGCUGUCAUACUGAAAUGGCAUGACCAUGAGGAAGCAUGUUUCAUUCUGGGAUUGUGGCACAGUGAACGUGCAUUCAUUCCUCUUUUGUUGUUACCCUAGAUGCUAAUGAAAUACAGAUGUAAGCAACAAACCUCAAGAGUCUGUUCCUGCCUUGACUUAUAGUGAAAACUGAUAAGUGCCUGGUGUGGAUUAAUAUAGCAAAGAUGCUAGUACUUGAUUUGUUGAUAAUUUAACUUCUUAUUUAAAAGUAAACAAGCACAUAUUUAUCGAAGUGGAUCCCGUUUUCUCCUGAAUCGUUUAACCGUACAAUUUAAACCUCUAUAAACAAUUACUUUAGUAUUGGGAAUACAAAGAUGUGUUGAUUGCCACUGUGCCGAGGUCACUUGGUGCUGGGUCGCAGUUUGUUUCCUCUGACGGGGGACCUAAAGCGCUUGCUGCAUUUGCGUUAAGACUUAAUCAUAGGAAAGCAUUGCCUCAAUGCUUUUCUAUGGCGCUGGUCAUUUUCAUGCAAAGUGUGGAUGCAAAACCUUAAGCGUCUCUAGUGUCUAUUUGGUAGACAGCCACUAGUAGCAGUCUUAGUACUGCAAUAUAAACAUUGCAGUUUUUCUAAAACAGCAAUGUAUUGCAGGACAAGGGGAGGGAGAAGACCGGGAUAGUGCACAGAGACCACUUCAAUGAGAUAAAGUGGUCUGGGUUCUGAUAGUGUCCCCCUAAGGAUAUAUGGAAUCCCAGUGACUAGAGCGAUGAGUGUUUCAUGUAUCUUACUCCAGAAUCUUAACGGUUAUUUUGCUUCUAAAUAACUCAUUGUAUCUCCAUGAGUUGAUGAGUGUUUUGGCACUUUUUACAAUUUGCUCCAUUCACUUUGUCAAAAUUUAUGGAUUCUCACAUAUUGAUGCGUCUGAAGUGGCACUCUAAGACGUUUUGAGACUUUACUGUCUACUAAAGCAAAUUAGAGCUGUGGAGAGGGGCAAAAGUAAUGUCAUGCUUGUUAUCUAGUCAAAAUAAAUCUGCAAUUAAAACUGUGCACCAGGGAAUGCCUGGGUUAGAAUUAAAGGGACACUAGAUAAUACAGCUGGGGGUAGUUACAUUGAGCUGUCUCAUCUGGGAGCCUGCAAUUUAGCACUCAUAAAAAGUGCAGAUUUGCCUGGAAAGCCAAGUGAAAUGCUUUAGGUGCUUGGAGUUUUCCUUUUGAAGGAACAUUUUAGGGUAAGGAAUACAAACUCUUAUUCGUAACCCUAUAGUGCUGGAGUGCCAUUUUAGCUUGCCAUCAGAUUGGAGAUAAAGGGUAGUCUACCUUUUCUUCAUUACUAUGCUGAUCAUGUUGUGGCUGGCCCUUGACUCCAUGGCUGAGGACACCAAUCUUGGUGAUCUCAGCCAGUCCAGUGCUUUCCCAUAGGUAUAGGAAACACCUCUAGUGGCUGUCUGAGUAAAAAGACAGUGUUGACGUUACUGAGCAUGCAGUGACCGGUGCUAUGCACCAGAGCCAAUACUUUAGGCUGUGGUUCGGGUGAUUUUAAGCGAACACUAAAGCCCCCCAUGAUGUCACGGAAGAGAAGGCAACACUCAUUAAGUGUGUUCAGGUUGUGGUUGCUUUUUGUGUGGUUAUCUAUUGCAGUGAAUGGUGUCUUUUUAAGGCUGACCUGUAAAUCCUUGAAUAGCACUCAUCUACUGCAAAAGGUAAAAUACACUAGUACUGCUUUCUUACUAUAAAGUUCCUUCAUGCAGCAUAUGAAUUCUAUAUUGUAGCAUUCUUUGGAAGUGCCCUGUCUAGGAAACCAUGGUAUAGCAUUGAGGUAGCCAGAUGUAUACCGUUAGUUACACGUCAAACCAUACAACUCAUACUUUAUUUGUAAAACUGAUUUCUUUGAGCUUUGUUGAAAGUAACAAAGGCCCAUAAUUUUAUGGCAACAAAGAAUAAAGUCCUUGUUUGUUAAACUGGUCAGUGAAAUGACUUAUGGUGUCUUCUGUUCUAGAAUGGUUUAUCCCCAAAGUUGCCUCCAGCGGUGAUGUCCAGUCCACACCAUGCGGCAUUCAGCUGGGCGGGGGUGCAGCUAAUUGGCUGAGAGCGGUCAGCUGAGGAUCUCAGCCAAUCAGUCAUUGUCAAUUCACUAAACUGGCUUGAAAAAAGUUUUUUUCCAAGCCAGUUUAUUAAAGGACCACUCUAGGCACCCAGACCACUUCAGCUUAAUGAGGCGGUCUGGGUGCCUGGUUCAGCUAGGGUUAACCCAUUUUUUUCAUAAACAUAGCAGUUUCAGAGAAACUGCUAUGUUUAUGAAUGGGUUAAGCCUUCCCCUAUUUCCUCUAGCGGCUGCCUCAUUGACAGCCGCUAGAGGCGCUUGCGUGCUUCUCACUGUGAUUUUUCACAGUGAGAGCACGCCAGCGUCCAUAGGAAAGCAUUGUGAAUGCUUUCCUAUGCAACCGGCUGCGCGCAGCUCUUGCCGCGCGUGCGCAUUCAGCUGCAUGGGAGGCGAAGAGGAGGAUCGGAGGAGAGCUCCCCGCCCAGCGCUGGAAAAAGGUAAGUUUUAACCCCUUUCCAGAGCCGGGUGGGGGCCAUAAACGAGUGUUUUCCUGGCACUAUAGUGGUCCUUUAAAUGGGAGGAGUCAGCUGAGAGAAUUCGCUGACUGCUUUCAACCAAUCAGCGGCACCCCACGCAUCUUAAAUCUGAAGAUUCAGAAGCCGGAUGACGCCUGGGGGAAUGGGCACCGCCACUGGAGGCAAUUUGUGAGGUUAAACUGUUUAACCCCCUUCAGGUAAGAGUGCCUUAAGGGGCAUCCUGGCACUAUAAGUUGUUAUGGUGCCUGAGUGUCCUUUUAAGUGAAAAUGCAAAGUGGAUUAAAUUUCAACUUUCAUGCCAAAGUAGCCGAACUGGCAGCAUAGACUUGGUGAUUUAUUUUUUCCUUAUUCAGAUAUAUUGGUCUUAAAUCUGAAAUGCACUUUAUUUUCUCACUUUUGUAAAUAACCCUGCUAGUCCUAGUUUUGUUUGUGUUGAGUUUUGUGAACAGCCCUAAUGUAAUUUUUAUCAGAUAAAAUUCUUUGGUUUAUUCAUUUAGCUACUGGUAGCAUGUUCCAAACUCAUUGAAUUUCAGAGAUGGUUGUUUACGUUUAGUGUGACCUAAACGUACCAUAAGCCGUAUUACUUCUGAUUUAAUAUUAUGUUUUCUCUUCUCUUACAGAUUGCAUACGCCAGAAUCGAAGGAGACAUAAUUGUUUGUGCUGCUUAUUCUCAUGAGCUUCCUAAAUACGGCAUCAAAUGUGGCCUGACAAAUUAUGCUGCAGCUUAUUGCACAGGCCUGCUGCUGGCUCGCAGGGUAUGUAAGCAUGCUGACUGAUAUGGUCAGAUCCUACAAUUCUGGGCUGCUUUUCCUACUAAUCUUCACGGUUUGUUCUUCAAAAUGCUGCACAAUGAUUUUUCCUCCAUGUCUCUAUGGCAUUAUCAAAGAUGUAUUUUUGUUUAAUUUCUUUGGGGGAGUGCAUUUUUCUUUUUAAAUUAUUCAACAACAAUCUGUUAGGUUUAUUUAGAGUGCCUCAAAGUGGUUUUUAUCUGAUAUUUGUUGCAAGACUUUUAAUGCCCUUGGAUAUUGUCCCUUUUUUUUUUAAUUUUUUUUUUUUUUUUAUAUAUUCCAGAAUUUCACUCUAGUUUUGUGUAUGUGGCAGUUAUUAAUCGCAAUAGAUAAAUAGCAUAUGGUUUAUUUCUAUCUCUGUAAAGGUAAUUAAAACAUUACAGCCCCAUUUUUGAAGUCAAGACUAGUCAAUUCAGUGGUGUAAACAGGAUAGCCUUGUUUAUAAACUAGUAUAAUAGAGAUACUAUAUGAACCAUAACCUUUAAAUCUGCCACCCACACCUGCAAAAUUAGUAUUUCGUAAAGAGAUAAUUUUUCUGAAAUACUCAUAUUGGCAGUAUUGGAAUUUCACUGAAAUUCCAACAAAGUCAAAAGAUAUACUGAGACAAAGUAGGGACUAUUUGUCUAAAUUUUUCUUUCGCCUGGUACUUUUUGACGCUGGGUUAUGUUAUCGCAGUCUAGAAAUGACGAUUUCCCCCAGCUGUCACCAGUGACUGCUGCAGGGAAAUUAGCUCUGUCUAUCGAGGAUUUCACAGGAUGUUACAUAGACCUCUGCACGUGCGAGAGAACGCUAGUGCUGUCAGCUUUUUGCAGCUGAAGUGCCAGGAGCAGAAGAGGACCUGCCAUAAGCGAAAGACAGCACUUUGCAGGAAUAGUUUAAGGCAAGUAGAAGUUGCCUUUCCCUGCUCCUCUUGGCCACCGGAUGCCCAGCAGUAAUCUUGGAGUCAGGGGUCUUUGCAAAUUAUGCAGACUACUCAGACGGUAGCAGUAAAAUACCAAGAACUAAUCUCAUUCAACUGAUCAAUACAUUAGGUGCAAUCGGGCCAUGUGCUAGCACAAACUCCAUGUAAGAUACAAAUGGAGCUCCAGGCACUCCAAUUCUCAAAAGGGCAUAACUGUGUAACCAGCACCAAUGUUUCAACUUUCAACCCAGAUGGCUCUUCCUCAAGUUUAAGAAUCUAAUUUGAGUAGAAACACAUUGCUGCUGGUUACACUGUGAUCCCAAUAAAUAUACCCUUUUGAGCACUGAGUGCCUGGAUCUAAUUUUUUCCACUUAACUAAAUUCAACUGUUUAAACAGUGAAGGAGUUUAAGCAUGCAUGGGAUAGGCAUAAGGCUAUCCUAGCUAUAAGAUAAGGCCAGGGACUAAUGAAAGUAUUUAGAAAAUUGGGCAGACUAGAUGGGCCGAAUGGUUCUUAUCUGCCGUCACGUUCUAUGUUUAAAGCAGCACUGUCACUAUCUGAGGAGUUGUGUGGAGUUUGUCUCUACCUCAUUAGCUGAAACUAGCUGGUAGAUCAGGGCUUUGCAGACUUGCCAUCACAGGUAAAUGCCAUGUGGUUCCUCCUUGUGGAAUGUAGGACUUGUCAGAGCCUAUAGAUUUUCCAGAAACCACUCGACUGAGCAGUGAUUCGCUUUUAAUCCCUUAUUUCUUUGCUCUAGCUUUCUUCGUGAAUCGGUAGAUGGGUCAAGUAGAAGUUCUCUGAAUUUUCUUAUAUUUUCUUCUGGUUUAGGUGGCUUUUUUGAUCAGAUUAAUGCUCAUUUGAGACAUGGUCAAAAUGUUCGUUUUCUUCAACUGUUAGGCCAGUUCUGAACAUGGUUAAUGCAGGCACUAAACUCCCCUUGAUCAUUAGCCAGAAUGUAGGUUGACUAUCACAGGAAAUGUGCAUUAAGCACCUGCAGUUGCAAAUUGUCCUUAUGGUUCCAGGUUCUGAGGUCAUAUCAGGGCUUACAAUAUGAAGUUCUUUUCUUUGCUAUUUGCAGGGCAUUAAAUUAUUUGCCAUUGCAUACUUACCAGGUAUGAAUUUCUACUUGCCAAUGGCUAGCUUAUAUUCUGGAAUCCCCACUACGUCUGAUCUCAUCUGUCAUGCACGCCCUUUUUUUUCUAGGACUUACAUUUUUUUUUUUUUUUUUUUCUAGGCAUACAUUUUGUUUUCUAUUCUGACUCCUCCCACUACCCAUCUUCUGUCUGUCUCCCCUACACACACCCGACGAUUCAGUGUGAGAUCUAUACAUAUAUAUCGGGAAUGGAAGUUAUAAUUACCUUCUUUAUAAGGUCUCUAUUCUUCCCAUGGUCCAAAUAUUCUGAUACUGGAAUAAGUCUGAUUUACCAAAACAUUUCCCCUAUUAAACUGAUAUUUUUUAUCUUUUUUAUUUUUUUUGUCUGCCUUUUUCUUGUGGUGAGGCUGACAAUUAUGCCUAUUGAUGUUCAGUUCUUUUCUUUUAUGUUGUAUUGUGCUAUGAUGGCUGGCUAUCAAUCUGAGAAAACUGUGUGGGAGCAGAGAAUUGAGUGGGGGAAAUGUCCUCAUAGUUAUGGGAUCCUUUAGAACUGGCUAGCUAUUUGCUGUAAUAGAAGGCUAAAAUUGGCUUGAGCAAUUAUAACAAUCUUGCUAAUCUUUGCCUCUUCUAGCUCCUUAACAAAUUCGGCCUUGACAAAGUCUACGAGGGUCAGGUGGAAGUAACUGGCGACGAAUACAACGUGGAGAGCAUUGAUGGUCAACCUGGCGCCUUCACUUGCUACUUGGAUGCUGGUCUCACACGAACCACCACUGGAAACAGAGUCUUUGGCGCUCUGAAGGGGGCUGUGGAUGGAGGCUUGUCCAUUCCUCAUAGGUUAGAAAUUCUCUUUAGAAUCUUAAAUAUAUUUGUCAGUUUAGCUUCAUUGAGCUUUGCAGGACUGUACAGGGACAGCUCUCUUCCAAGGAGUGUGAUCCUGGAUUACCAGCUUAGUUCAGUAAAGGCACCUGGCAGGAGAAGCUGGAUGUGGAGCAGGUACCCAGGCCCUUUUAAAGUUUUUUUUUUCUAAAACCAUUACAACUUGGCACGAUCUUAACCGCAAAUAGGCUUGGUGCCAGGAUGCCCUAAUUGUUAAACUACCACGCAUACCAGAGGGACUUCACCCAAAAACCAAAAUGUGUAUCACUAUGUGGGGGCUGCUCAACCACCCGAAUAGCAAUGUGCACCCCAGUCCUGUUCUGACUGAACACGUAAAAUUAGAAACUGGACAGCUGUGUUAUCAGUCCUUUAUUCUGCCUAUAUGCUGUCUCAGUGCUGCACGUGGAUCACAUGGACAUGUUAAUACCACAUGGUCUGCCAUUCUAGGCCUCAAUUCCCCUGCUUUACUUUACCGGUACAGGGGUGGUCCAACAGAGUAAAGGGGCAUGUCCUCCAACACAGAGUACCGGGGUGGUCCAGUUGACUUUCUGAGUGUGUCAGAAAUUUGUUUAAUUUACAUUUUUGAGAUAAUAGCACGUUAAAAGUUAAGCUUUUUAAGAAUUGAAGACAUAACUGACAAACUGAGCUGGCUCGUAGGAAACCACUCCUUUUUUUGUAAAUAAAAUUGUAUAAACCAGUUGAGGAAGAAUAAGCGCUUAUUUCCGCGUAGUAAAGUUAAAAACCUGUAACUGCUGAAAUAGCCAGGUGAUUUGACAUAGAGACAAUAAAGUUGAGAAGAUACUGGUCACACUAUAUCUUUUAUUGUGGAUGUUUGGGAGGUCCGUUGAACUAGUUUUCUGAUUGGUGUUCAGCUGCUAGAUGAUGAUCCGUAGUGUCUGAGCAUACUGUAGUUGGUCCUCUGUUUGCUUUUGAUGUAACCCUAUUGUUUCAAGACGGGACUGAUAGCAGCCUCAUUCUCUUGGUUGGUGGAGCAGAGUUGCAGGCAGUAAAAAUGUGUAGUGUAUGAGUGAAUGCGGAAGAAUCUCUCACGAAGGGGCUACAUGAUUGUUGAGCUUACGUUUUUCUUUUUUUCUUAGUACGAAGCGUUUUCCUGGCUACGACUCUGAAAGCAAAGAGUUCAACGCCGAGGUUCACCGCAAGCACAUUCUGGGCCAGAAUGUAGCGGAGUACAUGCAUCUUCUGAUAGAGGAAGAUGAGGACGCCUACAAAAAACAGUUCUCACAAUACAUUAAGAACGGCAUCACCCAUGACCAGGUAAGGCCUUCUUUGUGGGAAGGGGGAGUGAUCUAUAUGCAGUGUUUUUUAGGUGGGCUGAUAUAGCAAUUUCAGACAAAAUUUAAAAACUAGCACGUAUUUGUAGUGUACUUAUUGUAAGUUUGCUUGAUUAGGGCUGUUUUCACGUAUAACAUGCAUUCUUUCGUUGUAAAGCCCUGCGGACUAUGUUGCCGCUUUCUUGAUAUUUACCUCUUUUCUAGGUAGCUAUUUGAGUGUUGAUGAAACGCGUCGUGUGACUUGAGGGUUUGCUUUACAGCUUGUGUUUAAUGGCCUAUUAUUGAGAAAAAGGCAAACACAGAUUUGAAAACCAUGCACAUGGCAAUGUAAUGGCAUGAGAUAUCACUGGGGAAAAAGCUUGAGUACACACUUUUUUUUUUUUUUUUUUUUAACAUUUUGUAGUCUUCUACAUGAGAACGUCAAGAAUGGGUUUUUUUUUGUUUUUUUUUUGUACCACAGACUUUAAAUGAGAAAUUGUUUAAUUUUUUUUUUUUUAAAUCUACACACAUUUUAAUCCAUAAUGUAAAAUGAAUGAGUGACAGAAGUCUCAUGGAAAUUCCUAUAGAUCACAGGUGGGCAAUCUGCAGCCCUCCAGAUGUUUUGGACAACAUCUCCCAUAAUGCUCUUAGGGCCAUAAUGCUAGCAGAGCAUCAAGGGAGAUGUAGUCCAAAACAUUGUAUUCCUAGCGCUAUAGUAUACCUUUCAGUACCAGUGUAGAUAUUAAUAAAACCUAGCCGCUCUUGUAUGACUCCUUGUUUAACCCUUCAUAGAACAAAUAUUGUAUUAUGGAAUACUAACAGUUUUUUAUGGUGUGAUGUAUACACCUCUCAAAUGCUAAAUUGGAACAACUGCUGCUAAACAAGCUGGACAUGGCACACUGUCUUCAGGGACCACAUUGGGAUAAUGGCAAAAGAUAACAGAUUCUCAAGGGGAUGAUUUUUAUUUACAAGAAGUAGACUGCCUCGUAUGUUAAUGCGGUGUCUCCAGAGUUAAUCUAGCAUUCUGUCAAGAUGCAGUGGCAGCAUAACUUGAAACCAGCUUUAACAUUUAUUAUGUGAUAUUACAAAAAAAUUAUCAAAUAUAGUUUAUUGUAUCAAUACAAUGUCUUGUGGAAAUCUCAAUAUAUCCUUCCUGUUAAAUAUUUUAUAAAGUAAUGAGUAUUGAAACCUGAUAAGACAUCUAUGGCUGUUUCUAACAGGUUGAGGACUUGUACAAGAAAGCACAUGCAGCCAUCCGAGAAAAUCCAGUGCACGAAAAGAAGCCCCCGAGAGAAGUUAAAAAGAAGAGGUAUGUCUUUAUGUUUUUGUGACUUUUUUGCUAGUGGGUUUAAGUCUUGGUGUGGAGGUAUGGCUAAUGGCUGUGUAGUGUGAAAGCCUGGUCUACCUAGAAAUGUGUAGACUGUAACACUAUAGUGUUAGCAGUAUAUUUGUGUUCCUUUAAGUUUUUCGGCAUGUAGUUCUCAGAACCUGCUGCUUCUCCAUGGCCAUCUUCAGGAAAUACAAUCUGUAAAUUACACCUUGUUCUCAAUUCAUUGAAAUACCAUUGCUGUAGGCUUCCAAUAAUGGGGAUUUAUUGGAAAUGUGCAGUUUAUGCAAAUCCUACUUCAUGCAGUAAUAAAGAUGGGUUCUUGCAUCAUGAUUGUUGCAUCCUUUUUAGGUUAAUGUUCCUAAUAUGACAUUCCAAGCAUUAUAACCCUAUGCUUUGCUUCACUUAUGGUUUGUUAUUACGGUCUCUUCAUCCAGCUUUUAUAUUCAGCUCCUUAAUACACAUCCUCCCAAACACCUGCUUGUGGUAUGUUGGAUACUCGCAGUACUCAUGAAAAAUGGUCGUCUCCGUACUUCCACAAAUUGAUAUGCAACACAAAGUCCAUAUAUUUAUGAAAUUAAAUUUAAAAAAAACCAAAACCCUUGUUGGCUACAAUUCUGUUGAAAUAGAUCCGUGUUUUUGUUUUUAAUUUUUUUUUAUAAAAGGCUUGUGCAUUCAUUUUGGCAAGCCAGCAGUGUAAUCUUUCCACCCAUCAGUUACUGGGGAAUAGUCUUGAAUGCAAUUUUCAGGGCUGCACAUGUAGGCUUGUAUUAGUGGACACAUGAACCUGUGUCCUUCCCCAGCAGACUUUCUCUGUGCCAGCCAUACCUCCAAUGCUGCAAGUUAAAUUGGUUCCGUUAGUGAUGUGCCACAAAGAUUUUGUGUAUGUGUUAAAAUUAACAAUCUUUUUGCUUUCCAGGUGGAAUCGUGCCAAAUUGUCUGUGGAACAGAGGAAAGACCGCAUUGCUCAGAAGAAAGCCAGCUUCCUCCGAGCUCAGGAGAAAGUUGCUGCAGACAGCUAAACUGGGCACUCUUCUAUUUUCUAUGGGAGUCUCAAUACAAAUAAAUAUAUUGACAUCUCGUUUUCUGCCUGGGCUUUAUUAUUCGAUCAUUAACGGAUUUACUGAUGAAAGGAGAUAAUGAUUAAAAUCCAAAUUGUAGUCGCCUUU